AUGCCUUCGCUCUACCAUCAUGCCCUCCCACUCGCUUUCGACGGCUACUGGGACAUACUGGCCUCGUUACCGGACACGAUGUCGAAGCUCGUUUGGUCGCUCACCAAGGGUCUCCUAGUCUCCAACGCGCUUUUCGCUUCUCUCGGAUAUGUUGACGGACAGCAAGGGGUGGCAGCGCAAUAUCUCCUGGGGUUGGGUGUUGGCGACAUAACAGGGCCUGUGGUGGAGACCAAUUUGAUGGGGUACGCGAGCUUAGCCCAGGUGGGGACAGGGUUGCAUAUGCGACAGCGCAGUCGCGCCUUCAUCGUUGCGGAUGCAGCCAAGCCCUCCGACCGGGUAGUCUUUAUCAAUGCGGAUAUUGCAAUGGGUGACAGCGGGGUGCGCCGCUCCAUAGUCUCCCAGUUAUCUUCCCAAUUCCCCGGAGUUUAUACCAACGACAAUAUCGCUUUCGUAGGGACCCACCAGCACUCCGGGGUUGGCGGUUUUCUUGAGAACCUUCUUCCUCAAAUCACUUCUUUGGGAUAUGUCAAACAAUCAGCGGAUGCGAUCGUGGCUGGAACCGUUCGUGCCGUACAGCGGGCCCAUGCGUCGCUGGCACCAGGCAAACUCAGUCUUGGGAAUACGACUGUCCUCGAUGCCAAUAUCAACCGCUCUCCAUCGGCAUACCUUGCGAAUCCGGCCGAGGAGCGUGCACGGUAUGAAUUCGAUCAAGACAAAGAUAUGACUCUUCUUCGGUUCGACGAUGCUAAUGGUAACCCUCGAGGGUUCCUUAACUUUUUCGCCGUCCACGGCACGAGCAUCUACGAAAACAACACUCUUAUUAGUACUGACAAUAAAGGCAUGGCCGCAUUUCUGUAUGAAUCAUCCGUCGAGCCGACCACAAUGCCGGGGAAUACGACAUUUGUUGCUGGAUUUACGCAGUCAAACGUCGGCGAUACUAGUCCAAAUACCCUAGGAGCAUUCUGUGAGAGCCCCGGAGAAGCCUUCGAUGGUCAACCUUGCGACUUUGAGAGUUCAACUUGCGGAGGUACCGCGCAAGCAUGUCACGGCCGCGGCCCGGGCUUUCGCAUCUCUGACUUUGAAUCCAACCGGAUAAUUGGAGACGCUCAGUUCCAAGGAGCAAGCAGGUUAAUGAGUAGCACCCUGGCGCCAGUUCAUGGCGCCGUGAAAAGCGUCCACACCUAUCUAAAUAUGGCCACCCACUCUUUCCAGCUCCCGAAUGGUUCUACUGUGAAUACGUGCCCAGCUGCUCUUGGCUUCUCCUUCGCUGGUGGCACAACUGAUGGCCCAGGCGCCUUCGACUUCGUCCAAGGAGACAACUCAACUAGCCAAAAUCCAUUCUGGCAAAUCGUCAAAGGCGCUAUCACCCCGCUCCCAUCCGCUGAGCAGAAGGCCUGUCAGGCACCAAAGCCCAUUCUUCUCAAUACUGGUGCCGCUAGUACCCCCUAUGCUUGGUCGCCAUCCACCGUCAGCAUCCAGAUGCUUCGCAUCGGUAACUUCGUGAUUCUGGUCAUGCCGGGAGAACUCACCACAAUGGCGGGGCGGCGCAUGCGGGAGGCGCUUCGCGCCAAACUCAUCUCAUCCGGCGUCAUCGGGUCGGACGCAUAUGUCGUCGUCGCAGGUCCCGCCAACACCUACGCGCACUACGUCACCACCAAAGAAGAAUACAGCAUCCAGCGCUACGAAGGAGCGUCUACUAUAUUUGGUCAAUACACAUUGGACGCCUACAUCGAUAAAUAUGGAAGCUUAGUUUCCUUCCUUGCCGAUAACGCUUCCGCCGGCGCUGUUCCGCCGUCUGAUCCCGCGCCGCCCGAUCUCUCGGGUAAAGCGAUCUCCCUCCAGACGGCUGUGGUGUUCGACGCUGCGCCGAUUGGGAAGCGGUUCGGCCAGGUUCUGACGAACGUGAACACGACGCCUUAUCGUGCUGGGGAUGCCGUACGGGUGCAGUUCGUAGGCGCCAAUCCCAGGAACAAUCUGAGGCUGGAGAGUACGUUCCUCACGGUGGAACAGCAAGUCAACGGGCAAUGGCGGGCUGUGAGAUCGGACUCGCACCCCUCGACGACGUUCAAGUGGACGAGGACUAGUACGGUACUGGGAACCAGCACCGUCGACAUAACCUGGACGAUCGAAAGCGGCACCCCCGCAGGCUCCUACCGCAUCUCGUACUUCGGCGACUCGAAGCCCCUCAUCGGCUCCAUCUCCUCCUUCUCGGGCGUCUCGGGCACGUUCACCGUAGCGUAA